UUUGACUGAUGCACGUGUCGGAAAUAUACAUUUCAGCAUGGCUUUGGUGCAGCUGUAGUUUACUGAGCACAUUUCAUUGCAGAUAAGGAAAACGUACUAAGUUGUUAUCUGUUUUGGUUUCGCUAAAAGGACCAUUUACUCCGGGGUAUUAUUUGUUGGUGGGACACAGAUUGAUGCCUAACUCAGGGUUACAUUUUUAAACGGUAACUAAGCGACGUCCAACGUGGCUGAGGACUGUUCACAGAUUUUACUCCAAGAAUAUUUCACCAAAGUGACACACAAUGUCAGCCGUGAAGGAAACGACAAAAGACUCGUCUGCUAAAACCAAAGGACCCAAAACUACAGAGAAUAAAUACACAGUUAAAAAGAAAAGGAAACAGUGGAUGAAGGAGAAGUUUAAAAACAUAAAGCCUCAAGUCCAGAAACAGGAGAAAGCUAAAGUCCAGCAGGUGGUUCCUCCAAAGGAUGGCUUGCAGUUCUCUUCUAACUGGAAGGCAUUACAAGAGAUGUUAAAGGCCAGUCAGCCGGAGAAGAAGCAGCCUGUGACACCAAAACCUCCAAAUGGCGCUCUGCUAAAGAAUGAGAAGAAUGAAAAAACUACUACACAUAUUCCCAAGAACAAACCUGGGCAGAAAGAUACUUGGAAAAAAGAGAAGCAAAAAACUGUUGUUGUUGCCCCUAAGGUGAACUCAAAGGGUCCAGCUGUCUCUGAGGUAAAACAGUCUGCUGCUCCAAAAAGGAAAAAGGACUGUGGAAAGUUGAACGGCGAGCAACCAGCCAAGCAAAAGAAGCCUGUAGUGGAAGAGACCAAACCUACAGAAGCGGACCUCUGGUUUGAUGAUGUAGACCCGGAUGACAUCGAGGCUACGGUGGGAGCUGAGGCAGCAGACAUUAUGAGGAAGAAGCAGGGCAUUCACAAGAGCCAGGACACAGAGAGCUCGCUGGUCAAGGAGAAAGCCUUCGAAGGCCUCACCAGAGCCGUGGCCAUUGAUUGCGAGAUGGUGGGAGUCGGUCCGGAUGGAGAGGAGAGCAUCUUGGCUCGCGUGUCCCUCGUAAACCAGUUUGGGAAAUGCAUCUAUGACAAAUACGUGAAACCCAAAGAGAAGGUGACAGAUUACAGGACAGCUUUCAGUGGCAUCCGACCGGAGGACAUCAUAGACGGAGAGGAUGCACAGACUGUGCAGAGGGAGGUUGCUGAAAUCCUGCAAGGCAGAAUAGUAGUCGGACAUGCCAUACACAACGACUUAAAGAUUUUACUCCUGGAUCAUCCAAAAAAGAAAAUCCGGGACACUCAGAAGUACAAACCCUUUAGGAAAAUCGUAAAGAGUGGCCGACCGUCGCUGAAACUGCUCUGCAGAGAAAUACUCAACGUUAAAGUCCAACAGGGUGAACAUUCAUCUGUCCAAGACGCACAGGCCACCAUGAGGCUCUACACCUUGGAGAAAAAGAAGUGGGAAGCAGACAUUAAAGCCAGUCAUAAUAACAAAGACUCAGACAAGAAGAGGGAGAGAAAGCCAAAGUCCUCCAAGAACAAGAACAUCAACAAGAGCCUCGUGGGAUUCUGAAUCCCACCUGUGGAUCUCAGCAGAACAUACUGAAAAGAUCAGAGGUUUGGCAAACGUGUUCUUAAAGACGAGCUUCAACGAGUGGCCCUCAGACAGGACAUCUCAGGAUGUGAAAGGCUUUGAUUGUUUUUGAGACUUGCACACAGCCAGGAGUGUUCUGCCUGAGCACCUCGGACUGACUUGCACAGAUGAAAGAUCGUAGAGAUCAUUUAGUCUUUUAUUUGAAAAGCUUUACCUGUUCCAUCUUGCGUAUUAGAAGCCCAUCAUUUACCAAGAUAUUUCCAGCAGUCGGCAGAAGGUGUAAAAAUCCUCACGAGAAAUGCAGAGAGUGUUUCCGCUUAGCACACAAUCUUAUUUUUGCAUAAUGUUUCCAGUGUUAUAUAAUCUAUGUGUUAAGAUCUUUGAUCCUCAAAACUUUUGUCUGUAGUGUUGCGGUUCCCUGGUUGCCUUAAUUGUUUUAAAAAAGUAUGAAAUAAACACAAGAGAAAUCUUUUCUAUCUA